CUAUGAAAUAUGGUUAUGACGAUUGAGUCAACAAAGAGGAAACUUCCGCCAAGUAAAAGUCUAAGAAAUAAUUGUGAAAACUUGUAUGGCCAAGUUACCUCUCAGCUGUUAUGUUAAAUGUUUUAUAUCCACCAAGACAGACUCACUACUUGUCCUCUAUUUCUCUUCUUAAAAUCUCAAUCUCCAAAGUCUUCGUUUCUAGUUUCCUCCUUCUAACUCUCUCUAUGGCUUCUUCAUCUUCUUCUCGCAAUUGGGUUUAUGAUGUUUUCUUGAGCUUCAGUGGGAAAGACGUCCGCGUAACAUUCCGUAGCCACUUUCUCAAAGAGCUUGAUCGGAAACUGAUCUCUGCUUUCAGAGACAAUGAGAUCGAGAGAAGCCACUCUCUUUGGCCCGAUCUUGAACAAGCGAUCAAGGACUCCAGAAUCGCAGUGGUCGUUUUCUCCAAAAACUACGCUUCGUCGAGCUGGUGUCUUAACGAGUUGCUGGAGAUUGUGAACUGCAAUGAUAAAAUUAUCAUACCGGUUUUCUACGGUGUGGAUCCUUCCCAAGUGAGGUAUCAAAUCGGUGAAUUUGGAAGUAUCUUUGAAAAGACUUGCAAGAGACAAACAGAGGAAGUGAAAAAUCAAUGGAAGAAAGCGUUGACUGAUGUAGCUAAUAUGCUUGGAUUUGAUUCUGCCAAAUGGGAUGACGAAGCAAAAAUGAUUGAAGAAAUAGCCAAUGAUGUUUUGGCUAAACUGCUUUUAACUUCAUCCACGGAUUCUGCUGAGAACUCUAUUGGCAUUGAAGAUCAUAUUGCAAAUAUGAGUGUAUUGUUGAAAUUGGAAGCUGAGGAAGUGAGAAUGGUUGGUAUAUGGGGUUCCUCGGGGAUUGGUAAGACUACCAUUGCAAGAGCUCUGUUUAACCAACUUUCUCGGCAUUUCCCAGUUAGCAAAUUCAUAGACAGAGCUUUUGUAUAUAAGAGUAGAGAAACUUACAAGGGCGCCAAUCCGGACGACCCGAACAUGAAGUUGCACUUGCAAGGAUGUUUCCUAUCGGAAAUUUUGGGGAAAAAAGACAUAAAGAUUGAUCAUUUAGGUGCACUGGGAGAGAGGCUAAAGCACCAGAAAACUCUCAUCAUCAUUGAUGAUUUGGAUGAUCUAGUGGUACUAGAUUCAUUGGUGGGUAAAACUAAUUGGUUUGGAUGUGGGAGCAGGAUCAUAGUGAUUACCAAUAAUAAGCAAUUCUUAAGGGCCCAUGGAAUUGAUCAUAUUUACGAAGUUAGUCUCCCUUCUAAAGAGCGCGCUCAAGAGAUGUUUUGUCAGUCUGCUUUCGGGGAAAACUCUCCACCUGAAGGUUUUGAGGAGCUCGUAGUUGAAAUUGCAUGGCUUGCUGGUAGUCUUCCUUUGGGUCUUACUGUUUUUGGUUCAGCUCUACGAGGGAGAAAAAAGGAGUACUGGGUGAAGAUGUUGCCAAGGCUUCAAAAUGAUCUAGAUGGCAAUAUUGAGGAGACAUUGAAAGUCAGCUAUGAUGCGAUAGGCAACGUAAAAGAUCAAGCGUUAUUCCGUCUUAUCGCAUGUCUUUUCAAUCACGUCAAAGUCAGAGACAUUGAAUUGUUGCUCGCAGAUAGUGGCUUAGAUGUAAAUAUUGCACUGGAAAACCUAGUUGAUAAGUCCCUUAUUCAUGUCAGAAAUGAUCAUGUGGAGAUGCACCGUUUGCUACAAGAAACGGGUAGAAAUAUUGUACGCUCACAGUCCACUGACAACCCAGGAGAACGAGAAUUUCUGGUGGAUUCAAACGAUAGUCGUACUGUACUCAGUGAAGGCAUUGGUACUCGAAAGGUGCUAGGAAUAUCAUUGGAUACAAGUAAGGUUAGUGAGUUUUGUGUACAUGAGAAUGCCUUCAAAGGGAUGGGUAAUCUCCUUUUCUUGGAUAUUUCCUCGAAGACUUUUAUAGAAGAAGAAGUCAAAGUGCAUUUACCGGAAAAAAUAAACUAUUAUUCCGUUCAACCCAAACAAUUGAUUUGGGAUAGAUUUCCACUGAAAUGUAUGCCUUAUACUUUUCUUCGAAACCUCGUCAAGCUCGAAAUGCAUGACAGCAAGCUAGAGAAGCUGUGGGAAGGAGCUAUGUCAUUUACAUGUCUAAAGGAAUUGGAUAUGUGGGCAUCUAAAUACCUGAAAGAAAUCCCAGAUCUUUCAAAGGCCACUAACAUUGAGAAACUUGACUUUGGACAUUGCUGGAGUUUGGUGGAGCUUCCUUCCUCUAUACGAAAUCUCAAUAAACUGUUGGAAUUGAAUAUGGAAUACUGCGGUGAAUUGGAGACUCUUCCUACGGGUUUCAACCUCAAAUCCCUGGACUACCUCAAUUUCAAUGAAUGCUGGAAGUUGAGGACUUUUCCUGAAUUCGCAACCAACAUCUCAAAUCUCAUUCUGGCAGAAACAUCUAUUGAAGAAUACCCUUCCAAUUUGUAUUUCAAGAAUGUCCGUGAGCUAAGCAUGGGGAAAGCGGAUAGUGAUGAGAAUAAAUGCCAAGGAGUGAAGCCCUUCAUGCCGAUGCUGUCUCCCACUUUGACCCUCUUGGAGCUCUGGAAUAUCCCAAAUUUAGUAGAGCUUUCGUCCUCAUUUCAGAAUCUCAAUAACCUUGAGAGGUUGGACAUUUGUUACUGCAGAAAUCUGGAGUCUCUACCCACCGGAAUCAACCUCGAAUCUCUCGUUUCCCUUAAUCUCUUUGGAUGCUCACGGUUGAAGCGCUUUCCUGAUAUCUCAACCAACAUCAAAUAUCUCGAUCUAGACCAAACUGGGAUUGAAGAGGUUCCUUGGCAGAUCGAGAACUUCUUUAACCUCACUAAGCUAACUAUGAAAGGUUGCCGCGAGCUAAAAUGUGUAUCCCUAAACAUUUUUAAACUCAAACAUCUUGGGGAAGUUAGCUUUUCCAAUUGCGGGGCAUUGACCAGAGUUGAUUUGAGUUGCUAUCCAAGUGGGGUGGAGAUGAUGAAGGCAGACAAUGCUGACAUAGUUUCUGAGGAGACCACCUCUUCUCUUCCUGAUAGUUGCGUCCUCAAUGUCAAUUUCAUGGAUUGCGUCAAUCUGGAUCGAGAACCUGUCCUUCACCAACAGUCGAUUAUUUUCAACUCCAUGAUAUUGCCAGGUGAAGAAGUGCCAUCAUAUUUCACUUACCGAACAUCUGACUCUCAACCAUUUGGAACGUCUUCCUCUCUGCCCAUCCCUCUACUUCCCACACAACUCUCUCAACCAUUCUUCAGAUUUAGGGUUUGUGCAGUGGUAAGUGCUUCCAAUGGAGUAUAUAUCGGGGUAUAUAGUCGGUUCAAAGGCAGAAUUGGGAACAAAUUUGAUUCCUUUGGUGAGGUACAUAAUUUCAUGGAAAUUGAGAAGGGUAUUCAUCUGUGUAUAUUUGACUGUCGUAUCCGUCUAUACAAAGAUAAUGUUCCUCUAUCUCAACUGAACUAUGAUCAUGUGGAUAUAAAUAUUCAUAUAACUAGUGGAGAUUGGAGAUCUACGGUCGUUUUAAAAGAAUGGGGUAUACGACUCUUAGAGACCGGUUCAUCAGCAGAGAACCGACUUGGUAAUCCAAACAGUACUCUUCCACAUGUUUCUCAAGCCGAAGAAGGCAAUAUGGGGUAUUAUACACAUGUUCAAGGACUUGUUAAUGAGAUUGAAAAUAGUGAAGACUCUGGAGAUAACAAUGUAGAGACUGAGAGAAGCAAGAAGCGCAUGCGGCUACACCACUUCAUAUGAGUAAUAUUAAACGGAUGGGGUAUACGACACUUAGAGGACUGUCAUCAUCGAAGAACCGACAUGGUAAUCCAAACACUAUGCAGCAUGUUUGUGAGGCCGAUGAAGACAAUGAUGGAUGCCAUUAGACUGAUCAGAGCGAAGAGCGAGGAUAAGAAUAGUGAUAUAGGCAGGGAGACUGAUCAUUUUCAAGAGUGCGAAGACAGUAAUAUAAGCAAUGAGAGUAAUCAGAGUGAAGAGCGUGGGGAUAGUGACGAUGAUGGUAUAGGCAAUGUGACUGAACACUUUGAAGAGUGCGAAGUUACUUUUGAAUUUCUGAUUAUCUGGUUAUAGACUUUUUAUUCAGUUGAUCAAUUUCACAGCCAUCAAUGUUGUUCACUGUUUGGUUAAAGACUUUGAUAUUAUAUAAAUUGUGGGAUAAUUAGAUUGUUAGUAUUAUUUCAAAAACAAGUCAUGAUGGAAUUCAAGCCAUUGGUUUUUAAUUACAAUAAGCUG